CCCCAGAGCGCGCGCAUACUAUCGUGAUAAUUACCCGAAAGUAAGUGUAACAAUUGCAAAAGCUGAAAACUCCCAACAGUCGUUAAUCAACGACCGCUUGAUGGAGUUUUCAAAUUGUCACUUCACGCUUUUAUAAAUAUACGUUUUCGUUUACUUAUUUAUUUAUUUGAUUAAUAGUACUAUUAUUAAAAUGAAUUUUGUUUCCGUUAUUUAUUUUUUAAUUGCGUUUGCUUGUACAACUAAAGCGUUAGAUGAUCCAAUUGUUCGAACUUCAUUUGGUCCAGUUCUGGGUAAAUGGAUGUCAAGUCAUUGGGGAUACAGAAUUGCUGGUUUUCUGGGUAUUCCUUAUGCUCAACCACCACUUGGUUCCCUUCGUUUUGAGAGACCGCAACCGUGGCAUCAAAGCUGGACAAAACUCCGCGAUGCUACGGUCGACGGCCCUCAGUGUCCGCAAUUAAAUGAUGACGGAAUCGUUGUUGGAGAUGAAGAUUGCCUACAUCUAAAUGUUUUUGUACCUGAAAAUGCUAGCUCGGAAAAAUUGCCUGUUAUGGUGUUUGUUCACGGAGGAUCAUUUGUUACUGGAAGUAAUAAUAGUACAUUACUAGCGCCAAGUUAUCUGUUGGAUCGAAAAUUAAUUCUCGUUACAGUUAAUUACCGACUUGGUAUAUUAGGGUUUCUAAGCAGUGGCAAUGAGGCUUCACCAGGUAACUAUGGUAUAAAAGACGUACUUGAAGCUUUAAAGUGGAUACAAGGUAAUAUCGAGAACUUUGGUGGUGAUCCAAGUUCAGUAACACUGAGUGGAGUGAGUGCUGGUGCUUCAAUAGCUCACCACUUAGGACUUUCUCAACGCACAGAGGGUCUCUUUGACAAGCUGAUCACUCACUCUGGUGUAGCAAGUGCACCUUGGGGUAUACAUCCAACUCAUCACGCGAAAACCCGUUACACUUUCGUUGCACUAGCUGCUCAACUUGGAUGCGGUCCUGUCCGUAAAAUUACCGACUUCGACUACGCAUUUGGCGAGUGGAAAGCCAACGAGACCAUCACCGGUGACGAUAAGGACAUAAUAAAAUGCCUACGUCGGAUGAGUUCCGAACGAAUCACUCAACAGCUCAGUUUCUUUCAAGUAUGGCAUAAGAAUUCGUACUGUAAUUUUGGACCAACAGUUGAAAGUGAUUCUGAAGGUGCUAUUGUCGUACGACAUCCACUGUCUACUAUUAAGCAAGGAAAAUUCCGUGAUAUUCCUUGGAUCGUUGGAGUGGUUUCUGACGAAGGUUUACUCAAGUCAAUGAGUUUAUUGACCGACGAACAAUUGCUCCAUGAAUUUAAAACUAAAUUUGGUGACGUGAUAUCACUGUAUCUAGAAACUGAAGAGAUCGUUAUGAAUACCACGAAAUUCGCAACGGAAUUAAUAAACUUUUAUUCUCUAUUCGAUGACAAUAUUUCUGAUGAAGAGUUCACUAGCAAUUUAACAGCGAUGACAGGUGAUGGAUUAAUGAAUUAUUGGAUUUAUGAAGCCUUAAAUGCUCAGGCUCCGAAGAUGAAAUCAAAUGUUUUUUUCUAUGAAUUUGCAUACGAGGGUACUUACACCUCAACUUAUGCAUAUCAAUAUCCUCAGCGAUAUGGUAUUGAUCAUACAGACGAUUUAAAUUAUUUGUUCCCAAUAAAUAAUGUUAAAUUUGCGGAUCUGCAAUUGCACAACACAGCUAAAGAUGAAACAAUGAUAAACAUAAUGGUUGAAAUGUGGACUAAUUUUGUUAAAGAUGGAAUACCAAGCGCACGGCUAACACCAGAUUGGGAACCGUAUCGAGAGGAUUUCCGAUUCAUGAAGAUUGGCAUGGGAAGAUCGCCGGAUAUUUCGAUGAAGGAGGGCUUCCUGCCGAUUAGAAUGAAAUUCUGGCGCAAUCUCAUGAGUAGUGUAACAGCACCCAUGGAACUUAUUUUUCCUCCUCAGAAAAAUGAUGACAAGAAUAACGGCAAUGAUCAUUACGCAAGCGCCGCCAGUCAAUCUUAUCCAAAUUUACUUCAUCCCUGUCUCAUACUUUCAAUAGUCAAUUUAAUUUAUAUUUUCUGUAGUUAAUUCCACUGCAUUUAGACAGUUCGGCAUGGCAGGUGCAACCUCACCUCCGAGUCCGGCGAUCAUCAAACAGAUCAUCGCUGGACUUGUCUAUUCUCCAACCCAAAAAUAUUAAUCUAUAAGUCGAAGGCAUUAAAAUAAUUUUGUGUUAUGACCAACAAGCUUGACUUAUACCCGUAAAAAAUAUUUUUUCAAUGGGUUGGAGCCUCACUGGUGCAUAUCCACUUGAUAGAUCGUCCAUGAAACGAACAAACAAAUAAAGUAAUUACUCUCUUAAAUUUGAAAUAGUGAAAAUACUGACUAUUCACUGUUUACUAGUGAAAAAUACAUUAUUAAUUCAAAUAGUCGUAUACUAUUAACUGCCAAAUAGUCACUGUCACGUGAUUUUCACUAAUUCGUUUUUAGAGCGUAAUAAAAAAAUUAUAAAAAUAAAAAUAGUUUUAAAAAUA